AAAAAUAUUCGUAAAUCAUGGCGGUCCAAAAUGAUAAGGACGCCGGUCUCAAAUUGCCAGGUUUUGUAGAACUCCCCAUCGACCUAGACGACCAUUUCAUCGGCUCCAGAGACUCGAAGCAUACCAGACAAGUGGUUGCGACGUCUGUGAAUGUUCUGUCAGAUUACUGCAACAAGUCCUCGGGAACGACGUUGGCGGACGUCGAGCAGAUGACACCUGGGGAAUUGUGCCAAUUCCUCCGGUCGUUCUACAGCACCGUCCGCCAAAAGGACGGGUCGUUUUACGCCCGAAGCUCGAUGAUGACAUUGCGGUACGGACUGCAGAGACACUUUCAAAAGCUUCUCCACUUGGAUAUUGCCAAUGAUGCCAUUUUCAAGCCCGCCAAUACUGUUUUCAACACCAUUCUUACCAAUCUGAAAUCUUCGGUAAAAAUUAGCCUAGUCCAAAGAAAAAACAUGGCAAAGAUUCGGUCUUCGCCUGCUACAGAUUGCUCAACUCCCAGAGGCCUGCAAAACACCGUGUUCCUGGACAUGAUGCUCCACCUGUGUAGCUCGUCCUACGGUCGCAGCAACCUCCGAGGAAUGAAGAAAUCCCAUUUUGUGAUUCUGAGCGAUCCGCUCGGCCGACGAUUUGUGUGCUUUGCAGUUAAACAAACAACAGGCCGCCGUGCUGAGCAUGAGAUUGAGUCGGAUGAAAGCGACGAUGACCUGACCGCUACUUAUUCCGCCAACAUCAGUCGGAUGUACGAAACACCGGAGAAACCGGAGAGUUGUCCUGUGCGCUGCUUUGAGAAGUACAUGUCCAGGCUGAAUCCUGCCUGCACGGCUUUCUGGCAGAGGCCCAAACUGCCCAACAAAAUCUUCUAUUCUCCGUAUGCUGAGUGCUGGUACGAUGGCGUGCCGCUAGGGAAGAAUGCGCUCGGCAAUAAAAUGCGAGAAAUCUCAGCAGAAGCGGGUUGCUCAAUCAUGUACACCAACCAGUGCUUGAAAGCCACUGGCAAACUAAUGAAUCACAUUGGGCAUGCAGGAUGCAGGGCAAGGUGUGGCGACUACUGCUACAGUGAGGCGAUGACAUCAGACAAUGACAGCUCAGCAAGUGAGAAUGACGGACAGAUGGACGACGGCAGCAGCCCUCAACAGAACGCCCACCAAGAAAAUGAUGGCCACAUCAUUGCUGUUGAAAAUGGGGCAACAGGUCAAGACCAGAGUGGCUUUCACAUUAAAUUGGAAGACAGCGAGAUGUUGGCAGGAAAUCAGCUGGUAACCAACCCAUGUGUUGGUACUGCCCAGGCUGGAAUGCAACAUGUCGUGAAUGCACCUCCCAUCACCUCAAGCGCAGGCUACCCGAUUGAGAAUCCGAGCCACCUGUACCCAGUUAACGUCAACAACGUCAGUUCGAACCAUAAUAAUAGUAGUACACAUCAGGGUCCUGCUGCUUCACAACAAAGUCCGCAGAUUCCAAACGGAAUUGACCUCGAUGCUUGGGCCGUCGAGAUAUCCUGGGUGGACGAGAGGAAUCAGAGAAAGUGGCUCCUCACUAAGAAGACGACCACGAGCUCGGCAGUAGAGGAUGCGUGGAGACGAAGCGUCGAACUGCAGACGCAGAGGAAUGCCAUGUUGACCGACCAUAGUCACCAGGAUCUCACUCAACAGGAUUGCUCUGCAAACUUGCCAAAACAAGAUCUGCAGACUCAGAGGAAUGCCAUGUUGACUGACCAUAGUCACCAGGAUCACACUCAACAGGGUUCCUUUGCGAACUUGCCAAAUCAUGAUCUGCAGACUCAGAGGAAUGCCUUGUUGACCGACCAUAGUUACCAAGAUCACACUCAACUGGGCGCCUCUGCAAACUUGCCAAGUAAAGAUUUGGGCAAUCCCUUUCCAUGUUUGUCUAGAUCUGCGUCUGAAAUGCCUCCUCAUCCUCGUCUACCAAGCAAUGGACCGUCAUCAUCAGGUGCUGGUGCAGCACAGAGUGUGGGAUCGGUAACUGGUGGCAGCAGUGGGAUCGCAACGAAGAGCACAGUGGAUGACCAGCUGAUUCAACUGCAGAAGAACGUCUUGAUGAUGCAGCAGGAGAAUCUAGCCCUGGAGCGACAGAAGAUCAGACUGGAGAUGGCCAAGCUGGAGGCAGAGAAACUGAAACUGGAUGCGGAAAGGAGGAAGUUGACCAUGGAGGGAGAUAAACUACAGCGGGAGUUGCUGUAGAUUGUCAAGACAAGUGUUUCCAAAUCAAGCUGUGGCUUCAGCUCUGCCUCCGGAAUCUGUUCGAACCCUUUCAAGUCAGAGUGGAAUGAGCAAAACUCUGGACUUUAGGAUAUGAUUCUUGAUUCUUAAACUUGGACUUGGACCACAACUCAAGGGCAUAAAUAUCCUCUGCAGUCAAAGCCAGAGAAGAACCCGAGUUUAAAAAUUCUUAGAAGCCGCUCUGAAAUCUGUAUGACAUGGGCAUUAGCAGUAUUACCUCCCGUUUGACAGCUUUUAUAUUGGACUUUUUUACUUUUGUUUGGCGGAAUUUAAAGAGAAACAAUUAUUUAUUUACCAUGGGCCAAAAAUGGUAUGAGAUGGAGUUUUACAUAGGACACCAAAGAAUAUAUAGUUUGUUAUUGUAUUGCUGUUGUGCGUUUUAAUGUUGUUGAAUACAUUUUAAAACAUUCCAUCCAGUUUUGACAGUUUUAUUCAAUUUUAUCUUUAAGAGGAGACAUACUUGCCUAUCUUCCCAAAAAAUAUAUUUGUGAUCAAUUCAUUUCAAAGUAAGUUAUGUGCUGCUUGAAUGCCAAAUAUAUUAAUUCUGAACAAAAGUCAAGUUGA